AUGGGUCCGCAACUUUGUUCCCACUUUAAAGCACUUCAUAGCACUGAACUAGCUCGCUGCAUCACAGCAACACUGCUGGCGAGCACGAUUGGGAAAAAAGACUCUUUUUUCAUGUUCAGACCCUCGCAGAGUUCACCCCACUCGCCCCUGGGCGCUCUAUUCCUGACCGCUGAAGAAACGGCUUCCAACAUGUCGGGCGCAUCAGGCGCUUCGCUCGUCAGCGAGGAGCAGCGCCGAGCCAUCGAGAACCUGAUCGCCAGCCUCAAGCAGAACACGGAACGCGGGUCGGGCACAUUGCAUCGCCUAGUGGGCAUCGUGGAGGCCAUGUCCGAUGAGUCUCCUGCGGUUGAAAAGAUUGUGCACUCGGUGCGCGACUUACAACGAGAACUGGACGAAUUGCGCGCCGCCAAUGAUGAGUUCUCAAGUCAAUUUGCUGCUGCUGGGUCCCGAAGCGAGCUGAACGAGGUGAAGCGAAGACUGGAGGCGCAUCAAAGGAUGCUGUCAAAAUGGGAUGAGAGGGUACGUCACUGCACCAAGUGCAAUAGCCUUAAAUAG